CAGUCAAUAAUACACCAAAUACCGGCAAAGUAGUCACUCCCGAGCACAGGUAAAGCCUACUUUGAAAUGGGAUUGCACGAAAGCAGUGAGACAGCUAAUGGCCACAAGAGAGGUGGAGAGGCGGGGAGCCAAAAAGAGACCCCGGGCGGGGCAGCGGUCCCCGACCCUCGCUGUCAGCCUGCUGCUCCACCGUCCUCGAGCUUCCCACCUGGAGGCGCCGCGCGCACCGCGGUCCGAGCCGCCCGAACCCCGCGGAGCCCGCACCCGCAGCCGCAGCCCGCAGCCCACCCCCGGCAACCACCGCCAGAAGCCGGGCGCGGCCGCGUCUUCCCGGCUGCACAGAGCACCCUGAGGUCGCCGGCCGGGGAGCUCCAAAGGCAGCCUGGCCACCCGCCCCACCGCACCGACACACCCGGCCGGCCCCCGGCGCGCGAACCCAACCAAGCAACUCACCGCGAGGCACCCUCGGAGCUGCCGCCCGAUCGGCUCCUGCUGCUCCCGCCGCCGCGGAACUUUCCCUCCUGCGCGGCGGCCGCGGGCUCGGCUCCACCUCCCGCUCCGGCAACCGCGGAGCCUCCAGGGACCCGGAGGGGCGGGGAACAGCAGCUCGGUGGCUGGCGGGCGGAACCGCGGCCAAGCCCCUACGCCCCGCCACGGGGUGGGACCCGGCGCCCUUGCUCCCGCUGGGGCGACCACCUCGCCCUCCUGCCCCGGGGGUCGCGCUUGGCUGCGCCUGUCGCUGCCCCCGCCGCCCCUCUGCAGUGCGCCCCUCUGCCCCGUCGGAGCGAGGCGCCGCAGCCCCAGCCUGUCGCCUCCUCUCGGACCCGGACUCCCCUGCAGAUGUUGCAUGGCUGUGGCAGUAAUGAAGAGUUGAGUGUCUAUGAAGACAACAGCAUGGAGUGUAUAGUUUUUGGUUUUGAAUUUACCUAUCAAGUCUUUGAUCCAUUUUGUGUUAACUUCAAUGCAUGGUGUGAGAUGAUGAUACAGUUUCAUUCUUUUGCAUGUUUGCAGUUUUCCAAAAUAUGUACGUACACACACACACACACACACACACACACACACACACACACACACGGUAUUUUAGUUAGUGAUUUACAAAAUUACAAGGUAAUGGGGAUAUACUUCCACACCACUCCCACCACCAAAGUUCUGUGCCCCCAGCUCCCAAUAAUAAACACCAUAGUUCCCACAAGACCUUAGUUAUGGGUUGACUGUUUUUUUGUUUGUUUUUAAGUUCAUGUAUUUCAAUGUUCUAUAUCCACAUGAGUGAAAUCAUUCAGUAGUUGACCUUCACUUCCUUACAUCACUAAGUAUAAUCACCUCUAGUUCUAUCCAUUUUAUCCCAAAGGACACAAUAUUGUUUCUUUUGAUUGCUGAGUACUACUCCAUUGAGUUUAUGUCCCAUAAUUCCUUUAUGCAGUCAUUUGUUGAUGAACAUUUAGGUUGCUUCCAUAUUUUGGCUAUGUGAACAAUGUUGCUAUGUUCAUGGAGGUGUAUAUGUAUGUCUCUUUGAAUUAAUGUUUUCAUAUCUU